AUGCGUCCCUCCACCCUCUCAUCCGUCGCGGUCUUAGCUGCUCACGCCAUGGCUGCACCGCAGCUCGUCCUCCCUUCGGGCCAUCUCAGCAGUACAAUUGCCGCUGCUACUUCAGCCGUCGUCGACCCAAAGGCCAAGGUCAGCACCGCCGACCUCUGGGGGCCUGCUCCAACCGAGGCCGCCGUUGCAGACCCGACUGAGCAGGACGUGUUCCCAUCAGUCAAGACCCUAGCUCCCACUCUUCCUGUCGUCCUCGGCCAAAAGUUUGCGCAUAGCGCGAAGACAACCUCCACAAACACAAACACGCCAGUCAUCGCCGGCGGAAAACCCAAGUCCACCCACGUUCCAGAGGCUCCGAAUAUGGCAAACGUACCUGGUACCUCACCUCGUGCUUUCCAUUGCAAACUCGAAGGUUGCUUCUACGACGACGAUGGCUCCAAGGUUGCCAAUGUGGCGCGCGCUGUCCAUGAGGUUAUGGCUACCGAAACUCAUACAGUCCCUGUUGCUCCAGGAGCCACUGCUGCUCCAGAGAAUGAUGAUGAUAAACAUUUUACCCUGCAGGCUCGCAUCGCGAAUGGAACCCUCACGGUCGACGCCGUUGGAGGACACCCUUCCCUUUUCUCAAUCAUUUCAGCCAUGGCUGCGGCUGCGUCCCCUACGCCGUUUGAGGGCCACCCUCCACAGUGA